AUGCCCCCGAAGAAGGCGACGAAGAAGGCGGCGUCGGACCGGACGACCGCGACGAAAGUCGUGAACAAGAGGAGGGCUGUCGCCGGUCGCGAGCCACUCAGGGUGUGGUACAUGCCCUUCGGGAACCCCUUCCGCGUCGUCGCGGCGAGUGCGGUGAAGAAGUUAGCCCUCUUCGUCGCGGUCGUCUGCGUGGGAUUCUACCUGCGCGAGUUGGUGCCCAUCCCAGAGGGCGUUCAGGACAGGGUUGAGCACGCCGUUCCCCCGUGGCUCAACUCCAGCAUGCACCUGUUGAACGGCCUGCCCGCGCUGAACGCCUCCGCGCUGAACAACGGCAUGCCCCUGGGUUGGCGCGGACCCAGCCCCGGGCAGGCUGCGCUGGAGCGGGGUCGAAGGCCCAAGCAUCCCGUCGUCAUCGUCCCGGGCUUCAUAUCGUCGGGUUUGGAGCUCUGGGACGGGCUGCAGUGCGGCAAGCACUUCUUCAGGCAGCGCAUGUGGGGCACGCCCGCGAUGGCCACGGCGUACUUUGCCAACCGACAGUGUUGGAUGCAGCACAUGCGCCUGGAUCCCGUCACCGGGCUGGACCCGGCGGGGAUCAAGCUCAGAGCCGUGUCCGGCCUGGAGGCUGUCGACUGGUUCGUUCCCGGGUACUUCGUGUGGGGCAAGGUGAUCGAGUCGCUCGGCGAGGUUGGGUACGACACCAACAUGCUGCAGGCGGCGCCGUACGACUGGAGGCUGUCGCCCGUCGGGUUGGAGCAGCGGGACGGGUACUUCACGCGGCUCAAGACGACGAUAGAGACGAUGGUCCACCUGCACAAGACCCCGGUGGCGCUGCUGGCGCACUCCUACGGGGAUCAGCUCGUGAGGUACUUUCUGAACUGGGUCGAGGCGCCGGUGAGCGAGGGGGGGGGCGGCGGAGGUAAGGGAUGGACGGAUAGGCACGUCGCCGCGUACGUGGACAUUGCGGGUCCGAUGCUGGGGAUACCCAAGACGGUCCCCUCGCUGCUCAGCGGGGAGAUGAGGGACACCGCCAUCUUGGGGCAGCUCGAGGGCUUACUCGGCCUCGGCGUCAAUCCUCUGGACAGGUUCGUUUCCGGGACGUUGGGCACGGUCGCCGCCACGUUCCGCACGUGGGGUUCGCUGUGGGCCAUGCUACCCCGGGGAGGCGUUGACGUGUGGGGAGCGGACGACCACCUCGGCGCCCCCGACGCGUCCAACGACGAGUCCACGGGGGUGACGAUGGAUGGCCCGUCGUCGGAGAGUGGGGAGAUCAUCGACGAUCCGCGCGAGCCGGAAAUUGGCGGCGCGCUGCGACACUUUCUGUCCAUCCGCGUCGAGGAGGACGGAGGCGGGAACGGGAAGGGAAACGGGGGGUCCGAGAAGGGAAACGGGGGGUCCGAGGGAAAGUCCGGCGACGACGGCGCAUCGUCGCCGACCGCCAACGGGACCCCGUCGAUCGUCGUGGAAGACGCGGCGCGGAACCUGACCAUCACGGAGUCGCUCGAGCUGCUCUUUGAACGCAUCAGCGCGGAUCACCCGCGGCACGACUCCGACUUUCGGCGGGUCACGCUCGGCGGGCGGAGACUCGCGGGUGGUGGAUCCGGGGGUUGGAUCGAUCGCAUCCUGCGCGCGGUCGGCGUCGGUCAACCCAGCGCAUCGACCGGCGGUUUCAUCGGCCCGCUGCCCAGACCGGCGGGUCCGUCGGAGAAGUUUGGGGAUCCGCUCACCGCGCCGCUGCCCCGAGCGCCAAACUUGAAGAUUUACUGCCUCUACGGCGUGGGCAAACCGACCGAGCGCGCGUACCACUACGUGCACAGACCGGGUCAGACCGACAGGCCGUUCGCGCUGGACGUGUCCGUGCACGGCCGCGGGGUGGAGCGCGGCGUGACGUCGGUGGACGGCGACGGGUCCAUCCCGCUCGUGAGCCUCGGGUACAUGUGCGCGUCGGGUUGGAGGGACGGUUCGAGGUUGAACCCCGCCGGCGCCGAGGUUAAGAUCGUGGAGUAUAACCACAGGGCCAUGAGCCUGUGGGGCGGCGGUAUCCAGGAGGGGAGGUUCAGCGGCGACCACGUCAACAUCAUGGGGAACCACGAGAUGAUCGAGACGGUGCUCGAGGUUGUCACGGGGCACGGCUCCGGCGUGCAGGAGAGGAUUUACUCGGGCGUGAGGCAGAUUGCGGACAACGUGAGGAGGCUGAGGGUCGCGCGGAGAGGGACGCGAGGGGAUGAACUUUAGGAUUUGAACGCACGCGUCGUUACGUCAUU